AUGACCGAAGAAGACCUCGAAAGAAUCAUCCCUGAGAUCAAGGACUAUCUCAUCACGCAUGGAAGUCUCCUCAAGCUUGUGCGGUAUGAAGAACUCUCCACAGUCCAGGCCAGGCCUGUGGGAGUCAGCAUUGUGCCAACGAGAUUCCCACGAGCAGCGUUUGAGCAGGCGCAAAAACUACAGCCAUGCAUGAAUGAGCUAUACAUUCGAGCCGCCAGUGAUGAGCCUUGGCUCGAGGAGGUGUUCCAGCCAUUGAUGAAACAAGAUGUGUUCCUGUCUUCCCUGUGGGACAUUUGGCUCAAGGUAAAGGCAGCCGGUGUAGUCCAAGAUGUGGUCUGCGGUAUAUUCAGGUCGGACUAUAUGCUCCACACAAGCAGCGCACAAUCGUCUCCAGCGCUCAAGCAGGUGGAGAUGAAUACUUUCUCUGUCGCCGGAGCAUUUCACGCACAGACUGCAGCCAGAAUGCACAAGCACAUCAGCAGAGUGCAGAACGUAGGUAGCAAACACGACUCUCCCCUUAAGCAUCAUUUUCGAUCACGCAGGUCCUAUCAGAAGAAAUCUAACAACUCGCAGGAUACGACGAAAACUUUACCAUCCAACGACAACAUCUCAUCAAUUGUCUCCAUGCUAUCACAAGUCCACAACCUCUACAAACCCACAACAUCCCAUCGUCUCUGCAUCCUGAUGAUCGUCCAACCAGAAAACUUCAACAUAGCAGACGAAAGACCAAUCGAAUACAGCCUUUGGGAAAACAAAAACAUCCCCUGCUACCGCUGCGAGUGGCACAAAGUCCUUUCCCAAACAACCCUAACCCCCGACCGCACCCUUCUCUUCCGCAACACCUUCGAAGUCACCACAAUCUACUACCGCGCAGGCUACGAACCAUCGGAAUACAUGGACAACGAACGCAAUCCAAGACUCCACCUCGAACUCUCCCGCGCAAUAAAAUGUCCAGAUAUCCUAACCCAUCUCACAACCUUUAAAUCCGUCCAAGCAGCUCUCACACAACCCGGCACACUCGACCUCUUCCUCCCCUCAACCUCCACCCAUUCAAUCCGCAAAACCUUCAUGCCAAUGCAAUCCCCCAACCCCUCAACACCACCUCCCAACUAUGAAAACCACAUCCUAAAACCCAACCUCGAAGGCGGCGGAACCCACAACAUCUUCGGUCCUUCAAUCCCUUCUUUCCUCUCAACCCUCAAAUCACCCUCAGAAUUCAAAAACUACACCCUUAUGCAACUCAUCCACCCCCCUCCCACAUUCGGAUACCUCAUGAGUCCGCCUCCUCCUCAUCACGACAUAUAUGCCGGGGAAGUUAUCAGUGAAUUGGGGAUUUUGGGCACGUGGAUUUUUCGAAGAAAAGGAAGAAGAGAGAUUUUGAGAAAUGAUGUAGCAGGUUGGACGUUUAAAACGAAACCGGUUGAUGUGAAGGAGAUGAGUGUUGUGAAGGGGUUUGGGGCGUUUGAUUGUCCGGAUUUUAGCACAGAGUAA